GUCUGCGUCCCUGCGGGCAGCCCCAGGGCGAGGGUGCAGUGGCUGCAGCCUGAGGACCGGACCUGAGAACCAGACCAUGAGGGGGACGCGGCUGGUGCUGCUGCUGCUGCUGGCGGGCUGCGGUGGCCAGUUCGUGGGGGGCCUGCGAUGCUACAGCUGUCACGAGCCCACUCCUGUGUCCAGCUGCGUCACCGUCGUCACCUGCAGUGUGAACGAAACCAUGUGCAAGACCACCCUCUACUCCCUGGAGAUAGUGUACCCCUUCCUGGGAGACUCCACGGUGACCAAGUCCUGCGCCAGCAAGUGCGAGCCCUCGGACGCGGACGGCAUCGGCCAGACGAGGCCCGUGUCCUGCUGCAACAGCGAGCUGUGCAACGUGGACGGGGCGCCCGCCCUGGACGGCGGCCGGGGCCUGGCCCUCGUGCUGGCACUCCUCUCGCUCUGGAGCCUCGGACCCUAG